AUGGAUCGUAACUCACAGAACCGUUCAGCCCCCUCGAUUCAACAAAGAAGCGUUUCCCGUAGAAUUGAUGAACAACUAGAAUUAAUAGCCCCACCAAGACUUGCCAUUUUUGCUGGUCACCUUUUUAAAAAGUUUACAAAAAAUAUAACUUUGUAUCUUUUGAGUCCUACUCUUCUCGAUCUGAGAUGGUUUGUAAAAGAAACAACCUUUAAGGUUUGGUUAAAGAUACUGGCAAGUGUUUGA